AUGUCACUGGCCCCGAAGCAAAGGAGAUUUUCGAGAAUAGUACCAACACAAAAUGAAACGUCUUCCUUCAUUUCCCUUGGAGGUGACACUGGGGGAGUUGAUGACGAGAAUAAUAACGAAUCACCAUUUCAAGAGGAAGACGUAACAGUGAAGCCGUCGCAGUCAUUUGGUGAAUUAAAGUUGGAGGAAAAAUCAUCUAGAGGUAUUUGUCUGCUGACUGGGUAUUCCAAUUUGUCAUCUAUUGUUAGUCCUACGUUGGGGGUUUCUCAUCCUUCUAAGUUAGGGCAUUCAUCAUUUGUGAGUCCUUCAGAGUCAACCGUUUCCGUAUCUUCUACAUCACUAUCAACCGUGUCCAAAGUAAAUUUACCCCCAGAGCUUUUGCAAGAUGAACAACUUCAUGACAAAAUUGCGCAUUCAUCUUACAUCCCUCCUUGGACUGCACCUUAUAUAAUCGGAAUAGCCGGUAAUUCUGGAAGUGGGAAAACGUCCAUUUCACAGCAGAUCAUUCAAGGUAUAAAUCAACCCUGGACGGUGCUUCUAUCUUUUGAUAAUUUUUAUAAGUCAUUGUCUCCCGAGGAAAGUAGGCGAGCAUUUGCCAAUGAGUAUGAUUUUGAUACCCCACGGCUGUUGGACUUGGAUGCUGUAGUUGAAACCGUACGUACGUUAAAAAGAGGAGGAAAAUCAAUUAUUCCCGUUUAUUCGUUUGCUAAACAUGCCAGAACCGACAAGACAAAUACUGUAUAUGGGGCUAAUGUUAUUAUCGUUGAAGGGUUAUAUGCAUUAUAUGAUCCAAGGCUACUAGAAAUGAUGGAUUUAAAAAUUUAUGUCGACACUGAUUUAGAUAUUUGUUUGUCAAGACGUUUGAUAAGAGACAUUCUCUAUAGAGGACGAGAUUUGAAUGGGGCUAUUAAGCAAUGGACAACAUUUGUUAAACCCAAUGCUGUUAAAUAUAUCAACCCCACAAAAGAAAAUGCCGAUUUGGUCAUUCCGCGGGGAUUGGACAAUACAAUAGCCAUUGAUCUCAUGAUCAAACAUAUUAAAAAUCAAUUGGCCUUGAAGUCAAAAAGACAUUUACAAAAUUUGAAAAGCUUGGGCUACAAUAUCGAGUUUAAAGUUGAGAAUUAUCCCAAUUUGAAAUUAUUGAAACCUACAAACCAAUUGAGAGGAAUUAACUCGAUAUUAUUCAAUAAAAAUACAUCAAGAGACGAUUUUAUAUUUUAUUUUAAUCGAUUAAGUGGACUUUUAAUUGAGUAUGCGCAACUGAAUUUUUUCGACUUCAAAUCGAGACGGGUUACCUGUUUCGAAAAACCAUAUAAAUAUCAAGGAAUGCAGGCAAUGCAAACACAAAUGGUUGCAGUUAGUAUCAUUCGAAGUGGUGACUGCUUUAUGACCUCAUUGAAGAAAACGUUUCCAGAGUUAACCGUUGGUAAAAUGUUGAUACAAAGUGAUUCGUCAACAGGUGAACCUCAGUUACACUAUGAAAGUUUACCUCACAAUAUUAGUAGCAUUGGUAGAAUAUUGUUGUUGGAUUCACAAACCAUUAGUGGGGCCGGAGCCAUAAUGGCAAUUCAAGUGUUGGUUGAUCAUAAAGUCAAGCAAGAGGAUAUUAUAUUUGUGAGUUAUUUAUCAACUGAAAUAGGAAUCAGGAGAAUUCUAAACGUAUUCCCUAGUGUUAAGUUAGUUAUUGGUAAAUUAUCAUCAAUGGAUGCGACACAAUUUGAGCAAGAGGAGGGAGAAGAAGAUGACAGAAGAAGGGAUAGCUUAUGGUAUAAUGAAGAACGAUUUUUGGAUAGUCAUUGGCAUUUUAGAAAUAGGUUUAUAGAUAGUUUGUACUUUGGUACAAAUUAG